AUGCCGCGCCCCCAGAUGCCGCACCUACCGCACCUGCUGCACUCGCAUGGCCCAGAAAGGCUGCAGGACACCCUGCACGCAGGCUACAGCAGUCUCAAGUCGCAGCUGCCGCUGGUGAGGAGGCAGUCCGCCACCAGCCCCGAGGCGCUGUCGCUGCUGGACGAGCUCGACGAAAAGCUACCGUUUCACGAGAACAGGCGGAUGUGCAUCACCGAGCCUGAGAGUGCCGCUCUUUGCCUGGGGCCGUCCGCGCGGCUGGAGCUCACCAUCGUCAGAGCGAGGGACAUUAUCCCCAGCGAGGAGACCGUGAUCGAUCGGGUCAGGCACACGCCCCAUCCUUUUGUGCGGGUGUACCUGGACGACACGAGACAGUUCGAGACUGCGCACGCGGGGAACUCGCGGGAUCCAGAGUGGAACUCCACCUGUGAGGUGGACGUUACAGCAGGAAGGUCGAUGGUACGCUUCCAGCUGUACGACCAGGACGUGGAGGACGUGGAGGCUGGCGACAUGCUGAAAGGGAACCAGGGGUUGACUGUCGCCGACAGGCACUCGCACUCCCUGGGGUUCGUGGAGGUCUGCGUGGGCGACCUGCCCUUCGACAGGGAGAUCUCCGGGUGGCUGGAGCUGCGGUUCCCCAACAACCUGCAGGGCACCAGCGUGGCGCGCUACGAGCAGCACCGCGCGCGCCGCGACGACGGCUUCCACAGGGAGAUGGCCAGGAGCUCGUCGGGGGUCCAGGGCAGGGGCACCGUGGACCCCCAGGCCCUGGAGCAGUUCUCGGCGAGGAUCGGUCGCCGCGGCUCGGUGCUGCAGAGGAGCGCCCGGCCGCUCCAGAGGCUCAGGGGCAGGGCCACGGGGCGGGGCGACGCCGACCCCUCGGCGGCGCUCGACAGCCAAUUCAACGCGGGCGAGCUGCUCGUGAGGAUGAAGCUGGCGAGGGUCGGGGGGGACCGCUACGACGACCUGUUCGCGCACGCCAUUCAGCCCCAGGCGCUGACCUUCAAUCCCGUGAUUCGGGAGGAGGCGCUCCCGGAGCUCGACGUCCAGGAGGCCUUUGACGAUGCAAUGGACAUCAAAUAUGCUGUCCUGGACGACUUCCUCUUCUGCUUCGCCAGCUACGCGUGGUACGUGCUGAGCUGGCAGAGCAGGCUGCUCUCUGGGAUCAUCAGCGCCUGCGUCGUGGCCUGCUGCCAGAGAGAGGACCUGCUGUCCGCAUGCCUCCACGCGGUCCUCGCAGCACUCCUGGUGCUGAACGGUUUCGAGGGCCAGAGGCGGGAGAUGACGACUUUCGGACUGAACGCCCCGCUGAACAGCGAGGGCUUCCGUGCGGUGGCCAAGUGGCGCAGCGUGCUGCAGAUGGAGGCGUUCCUGGUCCGCGCGGUGAAGCACCGAGGCGGCCAGAUCGAGCUGGAGCGAGAGCUCCGCGAUUUCGUGAUCAGGGGCUUCAGGAAGGGCCUGCCCUCCGCGACGCUCGAGGACGUCGUGGGCGCGCUGAGGGCCAAGGAGUGGGUCACCUUCAGCGGCAAGGACAGGGAGGAGGGCAGGGUACGGGAGGGCAGCCGUGUGAGGAUUCGCGAGAGGCGGCGUGCGACAGUGGACCAGGUGCUCCCGCUGGACGAGGGCACGGGACGCAGGCAGGUCGUCGUCCACUACGAUGAGGUCGGCGACGAGGAGGAGCAGCUCCACACGGAGACCCUGUACGAGGACGAGGUCCACACUCGCACGGUCAUCCCGACAAUCCCCAGGGUCCUCCUCUCCAGUAAGGUCAAGCAGGAUAUCCGGAAGCUGGGCUGGAAGAUCGACUCCUGCAAACGGUCGUCGAUCAUCCCGAUGCUGCGAUGGGUGAGCGACGUCCUCACCUGGAAGGCCCCGAUGUUCACGAGCCUCGUGCUGGUGUACUUGAUGCUCCGGGUGCUGCUGGCCCUCUUGCACUUCGAGAUCGCGAGAAAAAUAGGCCAUCUCGCCAUGGUGGUCGCCGUCGGUGCCUCCUUCAUAUUCCUUGCACAGCCGCUGCAGUGGCUCCGCCCGCUGGCGAGGAUGCUGACCACGUGGCCGACCAGCAGGUGGCAGGCGCCCGAGGCGUGGCCCUUCCUGGCCCCCGAGACGCCGCGGGCGGAGGCGGCGCCCGGCUCCGAGCGGCCGCGGCCGCGGCCGCGGCCGAUGCCGAGGCGCUGGAGCGCGGCGAGGCCCGGCCGCAGCGGGCGCCGCUGCUGCCGGCGAGGCCGGCGGGCCGGCCAGGCUGCCUGCCCUGCGGGUGGGCCGCGGCGGGGGCGUCGUCGCCGCUGUGACCUCUGGCCAGGGGGAGGAUCAAGAGGUCCUCCUCCUCCUCCUCCUCGUCCUCCUCCUCCUCCUCGUCCUCCUCCUCUGCAUCUCUUCCUCUUCAUCCUCCUCCUCCUCCUCUUCCCCAUCUCGGCUGUAGCAUCCCUGAGAUGUGGCACCUGCCUGGCAGCAGUGAGCUCGGCUCGAGCCUCCAAGGACGACCGAACCGAAAAAUUAGCUUGGCGAAGGACCCGACCAUAUGCAGUUGUGGGCACCGUCGUUGCAUGCACCACAUUCAGUGUACCGCAGCGUGUUGGACCAAAACGGCCAAGAAAAACUUCCCGUCCUGAUUUUUUUUAG